AAAAAAUAAAAAAUUUAAUUAACAAAAAACAUCUAAUUAAAAAAUAAGCUUUGCAUACUAAUAUUAAUUAACUAGUUAAUAAAUUAUUAAAAAAUUAGUUUAGCAGAACAAGCCAUUAAGUCUACUAAUAUAUAAAUAGUUUUGCAUUUAACAAAGUAAAGGGAAAAAGCAAAUAUUCCAAUAUUAAUAGAAGGUCAUUAAUAACAUUAAGAAGAUUUUUAAAAAUGAAUAAUUCAAAGUCAAACGAAUCAAAUUAGCUUUGUUGUUCAAAACACAACCAAAAAUAAAUUCGCUUUAUUUGUUGUUUUGAUGGUUGUAAUUUUGGUAAUUUAAUAUGCGAUACUUGUCUGACAAAUGACCCAAGACAUAUGUAACAACACAAAAGUUAUGUUUCAGACACUAAUCACUUUUUUGCUACUUAAACUAAAAUGACAUAAAAAUUGCUUCCUUCUAUAGCCGAAUCUGUUUAAGAUAUAGAUAAAAAUUUUAAGGAAUAUAAUCAGCAUUGCGACAAUGAAGUGGCAGAAAUAGACAAAGAUUUUGCAGAAAUUUUUAAAACAUUCUUUAAUAUUUCUGAAGCUGCUAAAAAUUUCUUGAAGGAUUAAAUUAGAACUGAGGGAAAAAAGUUUUAGCCAAGAUUGCAGGAUCUAUAAAAUAAAUUACAGGAAUUAAACUAAACAAAAAAAAAGGAUACUAACAUUUUCAAUAUGAUUUUUUCUAGGGAUAAUGAUGAAGUUACAGCAUCAUCAUAAGAUGAAUUAGUUGCAAAAUUAAUAAAGAAAAAUGGACCAUUAAACCUGAUUAGAGCUGAAUCGUUUGCUCUUUCUUAAGAAUUAAGCUAAAUUAAAUCAAAGAAAGUUAACUACAAGCAUUUGGAUGAAUCAAAGAAGUUAUUUGAGCAAAUAAAAGAUGCCUUUGAAAACCAAACAAAAGAUAUGUAUAGAAAAUUCAAAGCACUCUUAGAAGGAGCUGACAAUGAAGAUUUAAGAUAAAGCAUAUUUGCAGGAAUUAAAUCAACUGUUUCUCUCUCUAAUAGCAUGAUUUUAAGCAAGAAGGCUUCUGUUGUCAGCAUUGAUUUAUCAUCUUCAUCAUCUUCAAAUCCCCUAAAAAGAUCUAUCACUUUAACAUCUGAGGAUAAUGAAAAGAAACCUGCUAGAUAAUUAAAAAAAGUAGCCCAAUUCCCUAGCUUAUCAAAUAAAAAUGUUUUAGAAGCAAUCAGAAUAAAUGGCUCUUUUAAUUACAGAAUAGAAGAUUCUUACUUAAAUAAUUAACCAGAAUAAGGUCCAUUCGAAUUCGAAGAUGGUUCAAUAUAUUAUGGACAUAUUUAGGAUUCCAAAAGAAAUGGAAGAGGAAAAUAGAUGUUUUAAGAUGGAGCUUAUUAUGAAGGAUUUUGGAAAGAUGAUAUUCCUUUCGGCAUGGGAAGAAUUAUAAGAAAUAAUGGAGAUGUCUAUUAAGGUUAAAUUAAUAACUUCAAAGCCCAUGGCAAAGGUGUGUUCAAGACACUUAAAGGAGAAUAUAUGUACAAUGGAGAUUGGUUAGAAGAUUUAAAGCAUGGAAGAGGUGAUGAAGUCAUUCAAGGCAAAUACUUAUAUAGUGGAGACUUUUCAUAUGGUAAAAAACAUGGAAAUGGAGAAAUUAAAUUCGUCGAUGGCACAAUCUAUUUAGGUGAAUUUAAAGAAGGAGAGAUAACAGGAGAAGGACAAUUUAUUUAUCCAAAUGGUGAAAAAUAUGUUGGCUGUGUUAAAGAUGGUUAGAAAUACGGAAAAGGAUCUUAUGUUUGGCCAGAUGGCAGAAAUUAUGAUGGUACUUACAUGAAUAAUUUGCCUCAUGGUAAAGGAAUGUUUAUAUGGCCUGAUGGAUAUAUAUAUAACGGUAAUUGGGUAAAUGGUGUGCAGCAUGGAUAAGGAUUAGAAAUAGAUCCAGAAGGUAAUGAAAAAGAAGGAGUCUGGGAAAAUGGUGUCUGGAAAAAUUGGGUUUGAUUUAAUAGCAAGCAAUAAACUAUUUUAAUUAUUUCAAUAUCUUAAACGCAAUAACGUUUAUUUAGUUGAAUAAAAAAUAUUAACUCUAUUCAAAUAUUUUAUCAUUAGGAAAAAAGAAAAUAAUUCUCAUAUAAUUUAAAUAAUUGUUUACCAUCUAUUUAUAAAUUGUUUUAUUUUUAAAAGUAUAAUUUGAUGUUUAUUAAAACAACAUAAUUGACUUUAAUUAAAUUAAGUAUCAGACUAAUAUUCCCAUUAGAAAAUAGGAUUUCCAUAUAAGGACACA